AAAAUAUUUGUGGGGUAUUUAUUUUCUGUUAAUGCUAAUUCAUUGAUAUAUCAGCAGUUAUGUUAAAUAAUAAUUUCUCAAGUUUCAUUUAUCGGUUUAAAAAUUUGUUAAAUUUAUAGAAAUAUUCGCGAUUCAAUUAAUUUAACAGAAAAUUGUAUUUUCUGAUUAACCCUUUCGCUGCGUAAAGCGCACAUGCGCGCCCUCCCAUUUCUUUGUAAAAUGCGUAUGGCGCACAUGAGCGGCCUAUGUAUAUGGUGAUUUCCAUAUACAUUUAAAAUUGACUCAGUUUCAGGAGAUCAAGGAAACUUUGUCCGCAUUUUAUUAAAGGUCACUUCUAUUCAUAGGUGGCGUCGCGGCUCGGUGAAUCAUGUGGUUAGGUUUGCAGAGCUAUUCAUAGGUGGCGUCGCAGAUCAGUUACUCACAUAGUUAGGUUUUCAAAGGUGUUGUCGUUUCAAACGGUUUAGUGUGAUUAUAAGUUUAAUUAUUUGUAUAAUAAUGGCUGAUUUAAAUAAAGCUGGACCUUCAGGCGUAAAAAGACGUAAGACCGUGAAAGUGAGAAAUGAAAAAAAUCUGAGUGUUGAGGAAUUGAUGCAGUUUUUAUAUAAUUCAGACUCAGAUGAAGAUUAUGAAGACUCUGAUGUAGAUAACUUUGAAAUUGAAAAUGUUUCGGAAGACUCUUCUGGAAGUGAUACUGAGGAUGAUGUACUACAGAACGAGUUAAAUAAUACCGUUGCAGAUAAUCCUGACGUACAGAUUACAGACAAUGAAUGGACCGAAACAACUAGCGGUAUGAAACAAAUUCCAUUUACAAAAAGAAGUGGAUUGUUAGUCGAUAGUCCUGGUGAUAGUGCGUACGAUUGGUUUAGGCUGUUGUUUGACGAUGAACUUUUAAAUAUGAUUGUCUUACAAACUAACAGUUAUGCAGUUGAAGUUCUUUCUACCAGCAAAGGAUGUGACCGUUCAAGGAUUUCCCUAUGGAAGGAAUUAACAAUAUCGGAAUUGCUAAUAUUUAUUGGAUUAACCUUCCAUACAGGAACAAUCCAAUUGCCUAGCAUACAAGACUACUGGAAGAAAAAUAGAUUAUUUUCGACUUGUUUUUCUUCAUACAUGAGUAGAGACCGCUAUUUGCUUAUAAUGCGAUGCCUUCAUUUUGCCGAAAAUGUAAAAGAAAAUGAACCAGUUCCAGUAGAUCGACUAUAUAAGGUAAGACCCUUGCUAGAUCAUUUUAAUAACAAAAUGAAGACGGUAUACUAUCCAGGAAAGUAUUUAUCUCUAGACGAAUCUAUGAUCUUGUGGAAAGGAAAACUGGUAUUCAAGCAAUAUCUCCCUAAGAAACGACAUAAGUAUGGAGUAAAGCUUUAUAUGCUGACAGAAGCCGAUUCAACAAUUUUGGAUAUCGAUAUAUAUGCUCGUGCAGGUGAUGCAACUGCUGGUAAGUCUCAUACAGAAAGAGUGGUGCUACACCUAAUGCGUAAUUUUUUCGACCAUGGACAUUCGCUUCAUAUGGACAACUAUUACAAUAGUUAUAACUUGGCCAAAUUACUACUGGAUAAAAAUAGUUUUUGUACAGGCACUCUGAGAAAAGAUAGGAAAGGCUGUCCAAAAAACGUCGUAGACGCAAAGUUAAAAAAAGGCCAGACCAAAAGUAUGUACCUCAACAACGUAAUGGUUGGAAAAUGGCGAGACAAAAGAGAUAUCAUUUACAUUUCAACUGAAUAUAAAAAUGAGAUGGUAACCGUAAGAAAUAGACGAGGGGAUGAGAAAAUUAAACCACUGCCAAUCAUUCAAUAUAAUAAAUAUAUGGGCGGAGUAGAUCUUCAAGACCAAAUGUCUUCUUAUUAUCCGCCGACACGCAAAACUUUACGUUGGUACAAAAAAAUUGGCAUACAUCUGUUUCAGCUAUAUUUGCAAAAUGCUCAUAGAUUGUAUAAUAAGUACCACGGAAAGAACAAAAUGUCAUAUUAUAAGUUUCGAUUGUCAAUACUUGAAAAGUUAUUACCAGAAAAAUGUCAAGGAACAGCAGUUGUAACGGCAGAAGUAGCAGUUACUUCGGGUGUAAACCACACACCUUCAAAAAUUGAGUUACAUAAUGAACGUGGUAAACUCUUAGAAAAAAAUAUCGGACAUGCAAUAAAAAUAAGAUACGUAAGGAUACUAUUUAUCAUUGUCAAAAAUGUCCCGAUAAACCUGGCCUCUGCUUAGGCAAAUGUUUCACAGAAUAUCAUGUAUCAAUAUAGAAAGACAUUAGGAAAAAAUUAAUAUUUUGUAUACUUUUAUUUUACAUUAUAGGUUAUUUGUUUAUUUUACAUCCUGUUUGAAUGAAUAAAAUUUUAGUUUAGAUCAAAAAAGUCGAUUUAAUUUACUAAAUACAAAAAUUUGUAUCAAGCGCACAAGUGCGUCCUCCGCAUUUUUAAAAGAAAUUCCUUGAAAACUGCGUACAGCGCACAUGUGCGUCUUGCAAAAAUUCAGAAGAAAAAUUAUAAUAAUCCGUUUUAACAUAUGUACAAAAAACAAUUGUUAAAAAAAUAUCGCAUUUAGUGUUAAAAAACUACUGCCGCACUGGUCAGCAAUAUGUAUUUAUUUGACGCAGCGAAAGGGUUAAGGGGUGUUUCAAUUAAAACAUUUUAGAAAAAUAGGAAAUGGUUGAAUGCUCGAAUAUAUGAAUUUUAAAAGUCAAAAGGCAGAUAUCGAGCACUGAAUUUAUUAAAUCUUGCCCAAGUAUACUUUCGCUAUCUAGAGCUAGAGCAUCGUCAGGGGCAUUUCGUCAAUAAAAAGAAGGUAUCCUCGAAUGUCAUUUAAUUAAAAUAAAUAAUUUGGUGGCAAACUUAAAUUAACAUCUAACUAAACACUGAAAAGGGACAAAACAGAUAAAUUAAAGUGCCAGUAGGUUCUACAUUCUUGCAAUAUUCUGCCUCCAUAUUGCAAGAAUGUAGAGCCUACUGGCACUUUAAUUUAUCUGUUUUGUUCAGUGUUUAGUUAGAUGUUAAUUUAAGUUUGCCACCAAAUUAUUUAUUUUAUUUAAAUGACAUUCGAGGAUACCUUCUUUUUAUUGACGAAAUGCCCCUGAGGAUGCUCUAGAUAGCGAAAGUAUACUUGGGCAAUAUUUAAUAAAUUCAGUGCUCAAUAUCUGCCUUUUGACUUUUAAAAUUCAUAAAACAUUUUAGUUAUAACUUUUAGUUCAAAAGUAACCUGUAAAUUUUUCUGUACUGCUGACAGGGAAUAUUAAGGUUUUGUUGGCUUGGGUGGUAGGGGCCCUUCAUAAAUUUAUGCUGCGGUUGUCUACAUCUUAAUUUCUC